AUGUUCCGGCAGCGGGCCAAGAAGCUGAAGCGGACGCGGGCGCCGCUCGAGGACGAUGGCAGCGACACCACCAACGAGGUUUCGCUGGACGAACUGCGCGAGCUCCGCGAGGACCAGAAGGCUCGGAAGCGCCAGAUGCUUGUGAAGGCCGUGGCGGCGACGACCGAGCCGGCGCCCAAGAAGGCCAAGACGGUCGAGACCAACACGCUCGAUGGGCAGUUCACAGCGCAGUCGCAGAUGACGACCGCCGACCAUUACGCCCAGAUCAUGAACACGUACGUCGAAGAGAAGCUCAAGGCCAAGUACAACCUGGACGACGGCACGAACGCGGCGCCGGCGCUCACGGCUGAGCAAGAGCUGUACCGCAUUCCGGACGAGCUGAAGAAGAAGAUGAACAUCCCGGACGUCGCAAGUGCACCGGAGGGUGGGAUCGUGACGUGGAACACGGGUAUCGCCGAGGUCGAGCUGCCAAAGAACGUCCACGACCAAGUCGUCGAGGCGACGAGAGAGGCUCUCGAACGCCAGCAGCACAACGAAGCCACACUCCAAAUUAGCUCGGCGCUCCCGACCAACGUGAGCGCCAACUACAAGCAGCACAAGCACGACUACAUCACAGACCUCAAGAGCCGAUCCAAAGAGGAGCAGCGGGCCAAAGGUUUCCAGCAUGUCGACAAGGCUGCGCCGUCGGACGACCGCGUCAUGCAUCAAUUUCGCCGCGAACUGAGCCGGCAGCGCCGUACGAAAUAGCCCAUGUAAUACCUGGCGUUAUAUUGACACCACCGUACGUGCUCGCUGCACAUCCCAUUCCGCUAUCAAGGUGUCCAAUCUGCACUGCACCCAAGACCCAAGACAGCGUGCAUGUGGCAUCCACUUGAGCGUCCAGACCGUCAUGACA